AGCGAACACAUUCGUAAAAGAACAGUUGAAAACGAAACAUAUUUUUGCCAGAAAAGCAAAAGAAAUUUGAAGUGACUUUCAAUAGAAAAGUUAUACAAGAAAGUACUAAAAUCUAAACAUUCUGUUUUUUGAUUAUAACUACUCGGAAUUGCAAGAAAAUUUAUAGUGAAUAAAAACAAGCAGAAAAUUUGAGGAAAUUAGUGGAGCUCUACAAGAGAAUUAAGUAUAUAUCGAUAUGGGCAAAGAUUUCUAUAAAAUCCUCGGUAUUAACAAAAGUGCCAAUGACGAUGAAAUUAAGAAGGCCUAUCGUAAAUUGGCGUUGAAGUACCAUCCAGAUAAGAACAAAACACCGCAGGCCGAGGAGCGAUUUAAGGAGAUUGCCGAGGCGUAUGAAGUGUUGUCAGACAAGAAGAAACGGGACAUCUACGAUCAACAUGGUGAAGAAGGCCUGAAGGGUGGUGUACCUGGUGGUCCCGGUGAGCAGGGUGGUGGUUUCAAUUCAUACCAGUUCCAUGGAGAUCCGCGCGCCACAUUUGCUCAGUUCUUUGGUUCGUCAGAUCCUUUUGGCAUUUUCUUCAGUUCAAGCGAUCCCAGCCGAAUGUUUGGUGAUUCGCAGAAUAUAUUCAUGACUGCUGGCAAUGACGAUGAUAUCUACUCACAAAUGGGCGGCGGCGGUGCUUUCCGCUCGCAAUCUUUCAACGCCCAACCCAACCGCAAAAGACAGAUUCAAGAUCCACCUAUCGAACACGAUCUUUACGUCUCUCUGGAGGAGGUCGAUAAAGGCUGUGUAAAAAAGAUGAAGAUCUCGCGCAUGUCGAUGACAACAGGGCAGCCGCGCAAGGAAGAAAAAGUCUUGAAUAUAACUGUGAAACCCGGCUGGAAGGCGGGCACAAAGAUUACCUUCCAAAAGGAAGGUGAUCAAACCCCUGGAAAAGUUCCGGCAGAUAUAAUUUUCAUCAUACGGGACAAGCCGCACCCAUUAUUCAAACGAAUGCACGCAUAUUAA